CAAUUCCGCACGCACCGGCUCCUGUCGAAGAUGGGGAGAAGACAGACCCUCUUCGCUCUCCUCUUAGCAUGCCUCCUGCUUGCUGCUUCUCCGCACCGUUACUCUGCUGCUACCAAGGUUCAAGCUGGUUCCAAACCCAGAGAAGCGUCGGCAUCGGCAGCAGCAGCGGCGGCAGGAUUCAGUUUUGCUACUUCGGCCAAAGGGAAGAAGACUCGUAAAUCUCCAUCUGGACCCAACCCGGUUGGAAAUCAACACCCACCGUCGAGGCCAUGAAUCAGUGGGGGGCACUAGUUCAGCAUAAUUUGUAGAACGGAAGGUCGCAAUAUUGUUUGGGAUGUACAACUGGUCAAGGAGGUUAGGUAUAUUCUUAGUUCAAAAUACCGUUGUUUUGGGGUGUUGUGCAUGUACAAGGACGGAAUUUUAUUUGAAAUUUUGAAUUCCAUUAA